CGAAUUCGGGUAACUCCGUGUUAAUAUUCCUGGCCGAUUGCAAAUUAUAGAGCAACACAACAUGACGCAGAGUAUUUAGACGCGGUGGACGCCACCGAGCCGGUUAUACCUCGGUCACGGUUCUGCGAGACCGAGAUUUCGAAUGUACAGCCCACAUGAUGCACAACCAAUCAUCACUACGUAAGUACUACGUUACUGUUGAACUGCGGCCUGCCGCAGCACUAAGGCGGACACGCAAACUCAGUCGGCAUUCGCUGAGGCUUCACUAACAGUCAUCUAACCUCUCAACUUCCCAUGUCUCUGAUCCAAGUCUGCGUACUCAGUUCGUUCUCUUUCGCUAUCUGCAAGGCCCUUGUGUUCCUGUUACGACGACCCCAUGGAAUCGACCUCGAUGGACCGAACAGGGGGAAUUGGCUGACAGGCAAUGUCUCGUCCCUCUUUGAAGGUGGUGUUGACUAUUGCGUGCAUAUUGCAGAGAAAUAUGGCGGGGCGGUGAGGCUCCAUGGGCCGCUCGGCGAAACUGUAUAUGUGUCUGACCCACGCGCAUUGUAUCACAUGGUCGUCAAAGACCAGCACAUCUUUGAAGAGCCCAGCUUCUUCGUCAUGUUCAAUAAACUUCUUUUCGGUGAAGGCUUGAUAUCCACCGUCGGAGAACAACAUCGCCGGCAACGCAAACUUCUCAACCCCGUCUUCUCAACGUCAAACAUGCGACGACUCCUCUCCAUACUACACCCCAUCUCAGACAGACUCACAUCUACCCUCGUAUCCAAACUUCCCGCUGACGGUUCUCACAAAGAGAUCGACAUCCUCCCAUGGAUAUCCCGCUGCGCUCUUGACGGCGUCUGCCAAGGUAUCCUUGGGUACCCCUCCGACACCCUUUCAGCAGCAGAAAAUGACCCGUACCCGGAAGCAUUGCGGAAGAUCGGCCCCUUGAUCGGAAAACUCAUGAAGUUUAUGGCAGACGUGCGGGAGAUGCGACGCACCGUAGAAACUAUGGAUAGCGCUAGUCGAAAGGCGUUUUUGGAGAAAAAGACGGCCAUGGAAGCCAAAGAAACGCCGGACCCUGUUGAUACUGCGUGCAGAGACAGUGAUUCGAUGACGUCGAUGAUGGAUAUCAUGCUAAAGGCCAAUGUCGUGUCGUCCAACACGGAACGGCUUACGGAUGAGGAGUUGUUGGGACAAAUGAACGUCAUGGUAUUUGCCGGCCUCGACACGACCACCUCUGUGCUUGCCCGCUGCAUCUACUUACUUGCCCAACACUCUGGCGCUCAAGCGAGACUAAGGAGCGAAAUCCGCAAUGCCACAAAGAUAAUUGAAGAAGACGGUGACAUGUCAUCCGCAGAACUGCCCUACGAUGUCCUUAUGAACUUACCGUUCCUCGACGGCGUCGUCAAAGAGACCCUCCGUCUCUAUCCCUCUCUUCCACUCAUGAUGCGAGUAACGUCCAAAGCAACCACCCUCCCUUUACAAUUCCCCACACGUUCCCGGUCUGGUGGAUACACGUCCACCGUCGCGAUCCCGGAGGGCGUUCAUACAAUCAUCUCCAUCCUCGCUGCGAAUCGCCACCGAGAGAUGUGGGGUGCUGACGCGAAUGAGUGGCGUCCUGAGCGGUGGCUUUCAUCCUCUCUUACUGCUUCCUCGGAGACACAAGAGGCGAAUUGUCCAAUGGAUGGGGAAGAUGCUACGUCCACGUCGAGAUCUGCGCCUGUUCUGGGCGUCAAGGAUAGUGCACGGUUUCCUGGUGUGUACUCCAACAUGAUGACGUUCCUCGGUGGUAGCCGCUCCUGCAUCGGGUUCAAAUUCGCUGAAAUGGAAUUAAAACAAGUUAUCGCAACGCUCGUUAUGCGUUUGCACUUCUCGCUCCCGACGGAGCGGAACGCACAAGGCUACGUGAAGGAGAUUCAAUGGAAGCUGCAGGCAUUUCAUAUUCCUGUGGUGAAACCACCCGCUGGGGAUGGCGUGACGCCACAGGUGCCGCUGAAUGUGCGACUGGUGAAGGAGGAUGAUUUUAUUUGGUAG